AUGGAAGAAAAGUUAAAUGAAAUGGAACAAGCUGGUAUCAUCACAAGGACAUCAACGCCUUACAGUAGUCCAUUGACAUUCACUCUUAAAAAAGACGGCUCAAUUAGAGUUCUGCUUGAUGCCAGAAGCAUAAAUAAGAAAAUGGUUGCAGAAACAGAGAAACCACCUAUACAAUUAGAUAUUUUCAAUUCAUUUCACGGAGCGAAUUAUAUCACUACCAUUGACUUAAAUAAUGCAUAUUUUCAAAUUCCGAUAAAUAAAGAUGGUAGAAAAUAUACUGGAUUCACAUUCAAUGGAAAGUCAUAUGUAUAUAAUGUUUUGCCGCAAGGAUUAAAAACAUCAGUAGGAAGCUUUAGCAGAGCCAUGAAUUUAAUAUUAGGACCAGAAGUCCAAGAAUUUUGUGUGAACUAUUUAGAUGAUCUAGCCAUUAUUACAACAGGAACGUUAGAUAAACAUUUGGAGCACAUUGAUAUUGUUUUAAGUAAAUGGAACAAAGCUGGCUUAACGUGUAACUUGCAGAAAUGUGAAUUUAUUUGUAAAGAAAUUAGAAUGCUGGGUUUUAUAAUUUCAACAGAAGGCAUAAAGACAGAUCCCGAUAAGAUUCGAGCGAUCCAAGAGUUUCCAGCACCUAAAAAGAUUAAACAAUUAAGGGCCUUUUUAGGUCUAUGCAAUUUUUAUAGAAGGUUUAUACCAAAUUACAGCGAGAGCAUAAUACCGCUCUGUGAAUUACUUAAAAAGGGACGAAAGUUCCAAUGGAGCGGUAAAGAACAGAAGGCAUUUGAUUUUAUAAAACAACAAUUUAUUAAUACAAUACAAUUGCAUCAUCCAGACUUUAAUAAGACGUAUUAUUUACAAACAGAUUGUUCCGGUGUGGGUAUGGCCGGAGUACUAUAUCAGAUAGAUGAUAAUAAUGAAAUGAGAAUUUUAGGCUAUCAUAGUAAAGCCUUAAAAGGCCCCGAAUUAAAUUGGUCUGUUACUGAACAAGAGUUUUAUGCUGUAAUAAGCUGCCUAAAGAAAUUUGAAACAUAUUUGAGGGGCAGUAAAGUAAUAAUACUAACUGAUCAUAAAGCAUUAUUGUUUAUUAAUAAUAUGAAGUUAUUCAAUGGUAGAGUAACCCGAUGGAUUUUGUAUAUAGAACAAUUUAAUUAUGAAGUACAGCAUAUAUCGGGUAGACGUAAUAUUGUUGCAGAUGUGCUAUCACGUUAUCCUCCUGAUGGCGAUUUAAUACAAGAGGAUAAAAAUAAUAGUUUAGAAAUUGCUUACACAGAGAGCGAACCGAAUAUUGAGUUGAUAGAAAAAUUAAAAUCCUUAACAGUAUAUCAAUUACAAGAUUCAGAGUCGUUGGCUAUUAUUGAAAAGUUAAAGACAUUAAAUACUUCCAUAAUAAAACAAAACAAUAAAUUUAAAAGGUAUAGUUUGAAAAAUGAUGUAUUAUAUUACAAAACGAAUUUACAAGAAGUAAUAUAUUUACCUAAAGCAUUGAGACAAGAUAUUAUAAAUCAAGUGCAUGUCGAAAUGGGUCAUCAAGGACCCUAUAAGGUAAUUAAAUAUGUAAGAGACAGAUUCUUUUGGAAAGGUUUAACAAAAGAUAUUAAAAACCAAUUAAGGGCUUGUCAUUUAUGUCAGUUAUCUAAGAAAAGCAAUAUAACAUAUGUGGGUCCCUGCAAAUCUAUAAUAACAGAAAACAUUGGCGAUAUAGUCAUGGCAGACUUAUAUGGACCACUUGUAUCAGGUACCUUUGGGUACACUUUCAUAUUUGUCAUUCAAGAUUCAUUCAGUAAAUUUAUCAAAUUAUAUCCUUUAAAACAGUCAACAGCAAAGUCUGUUGUAACAAAAGUAAAGCAUUUUGUUGAGAUUAUAAAGCCCAAGGCAAUAAUGACAGAUAAUGGAAAACAGUUCGUAAGUAAUCACUGGAAACAAUCAAUGAGUGAAUUAAAUAUAAAGCCAAUAUAUACCACAGUUAGAAAUCCUAGACCAAAUACAACAGAGCGAGUAAAUAAAGAGUUGAGCAGAUUAUUUAGGACGCUUUGUCAUACUAACCACAAAGAUUGGGCGUUAAUAUUGCCGAAAUUAGAAGAAUUGUAUAAUAAUUCUUAUCACAAUAGUACAGGCUUCACGCCUUGUGAGAUUCUUUAUGGUGAGUCUAAUGAGAUGUCUUUUGACAAAGUAAUUUCCAAAAGUAAAGACAAACAUAAUGUCGAACAAAUUAGACAACAAGUGCGUAAAAAUUUAAAAGAGGCAAGUCGAAUAAGAAACACAAAAUUUGAUAAGCGAAAUAGAUUAAUAAAAUAUAAUAUUGGUGACUUAGUAAAAAUUUCAAGAUAUAGUAGAUCAGACGCUGAUAAUAAAGUUAUGAGUAAGUUUAAUUUGGCAUAUGAAGGACCUUAUGUAAUAGCAGCCGUACCAUUUGACAAUGUAUAUACCUUAGCAAAUCCAGAGACAAACGAAAUUAGAGGAAUUUUCAAUGCUAUUCACUUAUUAAAAUAUUUUAAAUAA